CAUCUUGUGGUUUUGGGAAAUACACAUUUUAUCACAUUUUAUGAACCAAACAACUAAUCGAUUAAUCGAGAAAAUAAUCGACAUACGUCGAUUAUUACUGCACGGUACUACAUGGACGCUGCUCGCUGCGCUCUGUACUUUUUAAAUAAAGUUGUGUAGAUUCAAACAAGAUGGCGGCUGGCUGUGGCUCACUCAUGUUGUUGCAGUUCACUGUGAAAGCUGCAGAUUGUUUAUGAAGCGUUUCAUUUCCUGCAUUAACAAUCAGGCAUGGCUACUCCAGGAAAGCCGACUAAAAAGGAACAUAAAAGGCCGAUUCCAGCUAAGACCUCCCUCGACUCACCCUUUGCCCCAACAUGGAGCCCUCUCCCCCAAGAAGACAUGCAGUUCAUCCUGACAACCCUGAAGGACAAGCUGCUCUCCAUGGGUCUGGAGAAGAAAGAGGUGAAAGUCUUUCGUCCGUGGAGGAAAAAGAAGGAGCAGAAACCUGCCGCAGUCACAUCAGAACUUGCUGACCGGGUGCAGGAUUCUCCCAAGAAUGGCUGGACAGAUGUGGCGGCCAGGCGACAGCUGGCCAUUGGCAUCAACGAGGUGACCAAGGCUCUGGAGAGAAACGAGCUCAAGCUGCUGCUGGUGUGUAAGUCUGUCAAACCGAAACACAUGACGAGUCACCUGAUGGCGCUGAGCGCAACGCGAGGCGUGCCGGCGUGCCAGGUGCCCCGGCUGAGCCAGAGCGUGUCCGAGCCGCUGGGGCUGAAAAGUGUCCUGGCACUGGGAUUCAGACACUGUGCCGCCAGUGACGAGGUCUUCACUGACACUGUCGAUGUCAUCAAACCCAGAGUUCCUUCGGUGAACAUUGCAUGGCUACAAGGUGCAGCCCCAAAUGUGACGUCCGAGGACCCCGCUGACACGGAGGAGAAGACGGAGGCUGGACAGAAGCCCGGCCAGAAGAGGAAACUGGAGAGUGAGUGUGAGGAGUCUCCUCCCUCCUGCUCUCUGCAUCCUCUCAAGGUGAAGAAAACAACAGCUAACCCUGCAAAGAAAAGAAGAAGUAAAGUUAAGACAUAGCCUGUCAAAUUAAAGAAAAAAAUCUGCCCUAGAUAUUUAAUGGACCAUUCCUGUGUUUUUGCAUAUUGUCGCCCAACUUCUAAGGUUAAGGGCUUCUCUUGUAUUGAAUCACAAGUGGAGUUCUCAGUCCGAAUGGAGACCAGUAGCAGCAUGGAUAGGAGGAAAAAGUCAUUACACACAGGCUAUGGUUUGAAGGUUGACUUUGUUACAUUUUUUAAGGACCACGGUAUGAUCCUGUAAAUUGAGUCAAUUUAUUAAAACUGGAUUUUAUGGGCCAGAAACAGACGCAACAUGAGAAAUUUAAGUUGAUUAUUUUGUUGUUUCUGAUGUUGAAAUAGUGUGUGUGUGUGUUUGAUGGAUUUUCGGCAAAUAUUUUCCUUGAUUUUUGAAAAACGUGCCAAAAACUGAAACUCACAAAAAUAAACACUCCUCAUCCUCA